AGCACCCGCUCCGAAUUUGUCCGCCGUCAAUCGGUAUCAAGCCGGGCCAGCCCACCAGCACCACCCGCCGGUCUCCCCUUGCGAGAGCUCUCCCGAAGCUACAGCCACGUUGUCCACGGCCUCUUGCACCAUAGAGGGGAAACAGACCAUGGUGAACCCAGGCAGCAGUUCGCAGCCUCCCCCGGUCACCAGUGGCUCCCUCUCAUGGAAAAGAUGUGCAGGCUGCGGGGGGAAGAUUGCUGAUCGCUUCUUGCUCUAUGCCAUGGAUAGCUAUUGGCACAGCCGGUGCCUGAAGUGCUCCUGCUGCCAAGCCCAGCUGGGAGAAAUUGGUACGUCCUGCUACACUAAGAGCGGCAUGAUCCUGUGCAGAAACGACUACAUCAGGUUAUUUGGAAAUAGCGGCGCUUGCAGUGCUUGUGGGCAGUCAAUUCCUGCUAGUGAGCUGGUUAUGAGAGCACAAGGGAAUGUCUAUCAUCUUAAGUGUUUUACGUGCUCUACCUGCCGGAAUCGCCUGGUCCCUGGAGACAGGUUUCACUACAUCAAUGGCAGUUUAUUCUGCGAACAUGAUAGACCCACAGCCCUCAUCAAUGGUCAUUUGAAUUCACUUCAGAGCAAUCCACUACUGCCAGACCAGAAGGUCUGCUAAAAGGUCAGAGUACUGCAGAAUGCGUGCCUUCAUCUCAAACUUUGUUCAUCACAGAUGGAUCCCAUGUCUCCAGUAGACAAGUCACCUUUGUAGCUAGCAUCAAUGCCAGCUCCAUGCCAUUGCACCUUCUUUACUCUUGGUUGCCCUUCCCACAUUUAUUGGUGUAUUAAAAUGACUGAAAAUGAACAUUAAGGACUCCAUGAAUCUGGGCUAUUGGGAGACUGUAGAGGAAAUGGAGAAAAAUGUCCACUGGAAGAGAACAACUUUGGGUGGGGAGGGAGUGGGGAAAAUGACUAAUGAAGCUAAUUAAGAUAAGCUUUCGAGUCUGCUUUCUACCCUCAUUAACAAUUAGCAGGGCACUGGUCAGAAUUUGUACCCUGUGUUUUACCUUAACAACAUUCUCUUUGCUCUUUGUAUAUUUAAGUGUUGUAAGGAAAUGUGUUUCAAAACUCAAAACAUGAGAUAAAGGAAAGAUGGGGCUCUUGUGAUAUUCUAUCACAAACACUUUUAUUGUAUCUCUGUAAAAUACAAUGUAUGUAUGCAUGUAAGUGUUUUUUUUUGUCCUAAUGUUGCUACUUCCCAUGACACAAAAAAGAAAAAAAAAUCAAGCUCAUAGCAGCUACUAUGUAGAAAUUUUCACCUACUCCUAAUUUGCUGAAUGAAGAAGAAGAAAACUUUUAUUUGUGAUACUUUCAGAGACAUUUGCUCUAGUAUGGUGUAUUUAAAUAAUAAAACUUAAAAUGAAAAUA